AUGGACUACGUCGAGGGCCAGUCCGUGUCCGUGCUGCCGCCGGGCGACGACGAGAAGACGGGCAAGCCCCACAAGAAGCGGCGCCUCUACACGAUCGCGUCGAAGCGGCCGGAGCCCGGCGCGGCGACGUCGGAGCUCGCGCUCUGCGUGCGCGCCGUCGGCGUGACGUCGCACUACAUGAAGGACCUCGCACCGGGCGCGGAGCUCGCGCUCGAGGGGCCGCUGGGCAAGACGAUGGCGUUACCCGACGACACGUCGGGCGGGCUCGUGCUCAUCGGCACGUCGACGGGCGCGGCGACGUUCCGCGGCUUCCUCGAGCGCCUCGGCGACCUCUCGGCGACGGGGCCCGUCGUGCUGCUCCUCGGCGGCGCGAACCGCGAGGCCAUCCCCUACGUCGCGGAGUUCGAGGCCCUCGCGGCCGACCUCGGCCCGGGCAAGCUCCGCGUCGAGCUCGCGCUGGGCGGCGACCGCGUCGACGACGGCUCGGAGACGACGCUGCCCCAGCGCAUCGCGGACUUCUCCCUCGUCGUCAAGGAGAUCAUCGACGCCGGGGGGCACAUGUACGUCUCGGGCCUGAGGGGCAUGCUCAAGCCCUGCGAGGCGGCGCUCGGCGACUUCGUCGACGUCAAGGCCCUCAAGAAGGCCAAGCAGUACCACGCCGAGGUCUACUAG